AUGAAGGACGAAAGCUUUGGAAUCGAAGAAGAUUGUCUCGAAAACGGCGUCAGCCAAUCGACAGUUGGUCAAGAUGAAUCGGCCGUCGUCUUCUGGUGGAACCGACCUUCGAAUCUCUUCACUCAACACUUCCACUCGAAAUGUAAAUGA